AUGACAGUAGCAGUAGAGAAGAAUACUAUUGUUUGGAUCAUGACACCGAUUAUUCGUGAUGAAUUUACUUUGGAUACAUUUCAAGAUAAUAUUAGUAAAUUGUAUAUUGCUACGGAUGAAUAUAAUAGAUUAUUACAAGCAAACUUUGACACUGCCAAACAAUAUGUAGACCGAUUAUUAAAAUCAUCAACGAUUGACAAUGAUAUCAUUGUGACUGCCAACCAACAACUAGUGAAUGAAAAGAUUCAUCUAUUUGAUAUACCACUGACCAACAUUCAACUAUCAUUCGAUCAUCUAUUACAAUGUAUUGCAAAUAUAUUUUACCAAUCUCAAAGAUUAAAUCUACCAAUUCCAACCAACUCUCUUCCUCCUCCUCCUCCACCUCGUCCUCUUCCUCAAAUUGAUAAUAAUAAUAAUAUCAACGAUACAUCAAAUAGCAACAAACCAACACCACCUCCACUACCCAGCAGAGAGAAUAGGAGAACAUGGGCACCUCAUGCUAUACAUGACCCAUCCUCUAGUAUUCCAACAGCUCCACCAGCUGGGUCAGUCCAACUAAAUCCACCAUUACCAGUCAAACCAGCAUCAUUGAGCCAAAAGUUUAAUAUUCAACCAAGUUUAAAUGGUGCUAGUGAUCGAGAAACUCCAACACCUCACUCUCCAACAUAUGUUCGAUCAAGCCGACCACACCCAAUGAAGGGUGUUCCCCUCCCAUCCAUUCCUCCUCCUAAAACUACAGCUCAACCACAAUGCACACCUCUACCAAUAGUACCUUCCCAAAAACAUUAUUCUCCUCCUCCUCCUCUUCCACCGCUUCCACCAAAACAUAUUAAUGUAAUAUGGAUGCCUUCAUACAUGAAAAUCUACAAUUUAAUACCCAGCUCUGGGGAUCUAAUCAAUACCUUUUUAAGAUGGCUCCAUCCAGCAUGUGGCUUAAGACUAAAGAAUGUAGAAAUAAUAAACUCUAUUACUCUAAAAUACUAUAUAGGAUAA